AUGUCCAACUGCAGUGUUCCACUUAACAUCCUGAGCUUCCUGUCGAAGGUGGAGGUCAUAAACAUGCAGUGCACAUGCAACCAGCGCAGUGCCCUCAUCACCUGGAACCACCGCAUGGCCGUGAUUGAGCAAGCCACUCGUGUUACCUCUGUGACAGGGCUGGUGCAGGCCAUGAUUGACAGCAUCCCAGAUCAUGGCCGCGGCCAAGCACGCCAGUGCUUUUGCCCCCAGCAUGGACUGCCAGCCGACUCCCAGUGUCAAGUCUGCAAGGUGCUGCUUGAGCUCGGUCAGCGGCAUCUUCCAGCCAGGGACCAGCUGGUAAUGUCCUCGGGCGCGAAGCUGGUGCGUGGCAACGGGCACGCCAUCAUCGAAAGCCUCACCCUCCGAAGUGCGACCGGAGCCGGCUGGGAUCUGCGAAGCUUCAUCGAGACCAGCUUUGCGGCCUGGGGUGAUGUGCUGAGAGCACGGGACCCAGACUCCAGUGAUGACGCGGAUGACUCGCCCAGUGACUGUACCUCCGGUGACUACGACUCUGGCUAUGACUCCGGUGACUACGACUCAACUCGAUAUAACUCCGGUGACUACGACUCCACUGGCUUUGACUCCGGUGACGACAACUCCAGUGUCUCCGACGACCCUUCCGAGGCACAUGAUGACGAUGCACACGAGGUUGACCGCCUCUUCGCAGUCAUCGAUGCGUCGAUCUACUGA